UCCGGCGCCCGCCCGCGGUCCAACCGCCCCCGACCCGCUCGGCUCCCGCUCCGGCCUCGGCAGCGCUCGCGCCCAUGGCGGCCCUCGGCGGCGCUCGGCGGCGGUCUCUGCUCCUGCUGCUGCUCGCAGGCCUCGUACAUGGCGCAGCAGCGAUGUUUGUGGUGAAGGAUGCCAGCGGGACAGCCUGCAUCAUGGCCAACUUCUCCGCUGCCUUCACGGCCAGCUAUGACACCGGGAGCGGGCCUAAGAACGUAACCUUCGACCUGCCGUCUGAUGCAGCCGUAUCAAAUAGCAGCUCCUGCGGCGGAGAGCGCGCGUCGGACCCCAGUCUCAGGAUCGCUUUUGGAAGAGGACAUGCACUGGCCCUCAAUUUCACAAGAAAUGCAACACGUUACAGUGUUCGGCUGAUGACUUUUAUUUAUAACUUAUCUGACACACAGAUUUUCCCCAAUGCAAGCUCCAAGGAUACCCAGACUGUGGAAUCUGCCACUGACAUCCGGGCGGACAUAAAUACCAAGUACAGGUGUGUGAGCACCGACCAGGUCCACAUGCACAACGUCACCGUCACACUCCGCGACGCCACCAUCCAAGCGUAUCUUGCCAACAGCAGCUUCAGCAAGGAAGAGACGCGCUGUGAGCAAGACGGGCCUUUCCCAACAACGGCGCCGCCACCGCCUCCCCAGCCUUCGCCAUCCCCAACGCCCGAGAGCCCCUCCGUGUACAAGUACAACGUGAGCGGCGUCAACGGGACCUGCCUGCUGGCCAGCAUGGGCCUGCAGCUGAACGUCACCUACAGGAAGGAGGACAACACGACCGUGACAAGAGUGUUCGGCAUCAACCCCAAUAAGACCACCGCCGGGGGGAGCUGCGGCCCCCAGCUGGUGACCCUGGAGCUGCGCAGCGACAGCGUCUCCCUCCUGGCCUUCCAGUUUGGGAUGAACGCGAGUACAAGCCGGUAUUUCCUGCAAGGAAUCCAGCUGAAUAUGACUCUUCCUGACGCCAGAGAGCCCACCUUUAAGGCCUCCAACAGCUCUCUGAGGGCCCUUCAGGCCUCCAUCGGGAACUCGUACAAGUGUAACGCUGAGGAGCGUGUGCAGGUCACGGACGCCUUUUCCGUCAACAUCUUCAAAGUGUGGGUCCAGGCAUUCCAGGUGCAAGGUGACAAGUUUGGGUCUGUGGAGGAGUGCCAGCUGGACGAGAACAGCAUGCUGAUCCCCAUCGCCGUGGGGGGCGCCCUGGCCGGGCUGGUCCUCAUCGUCCUCAUCGCCUACCUCAUUGGCAGGAAGAGGAGCCACGCCGGAUACCAGACCAUCUAGCGCGGCCGCGGGAGGCGCAGACCGGCCGCCGCUGCGGGGCCCUGCUCGUUCCCCUGAGCUUAGAUGGGUGUUAAGGGAGACACACUUUCUCGCAAACUGAUUUUCAAAUCCGCUUUAUCCAAUGUGAAGUUCAUCUUGCAACAUUUACUAUGCACAAGAGUAACUCUGAAAUGACGGUGUUAAUUUUGCUAACUGGGUUAAAUAUUUUGCUAAUGGUUCAGCGUUAAUAUUUACCAAAGUAGAACUUUAAGGUGGGGAGGGUCAGAGUGCUUUUCUGAGAGGGCACCGGCUCUGCCGUAUUUGGCUUUUUAAGAUUCUGGUGUUUGGCCUCUUCGUUCUUGACUGAGAUUUUCAGCCUUGCCAAGGAGGGUCCCUGGUCUCGACCUUCGGGCCUCUGAGGAGGGCUGGCUAGCGUUAGGCUGGUUAAGAAACUAGUAGAGAAAGAUCUAAAAACAGAAGUACUCCAAAAGGUGAAAAUCUGGAACGCUUCAGUUAAGCUGUAGAAGCCAGGACAGGCCCGGCCACCUGCCCCCAGGCCGUGCGGCUCAGUCCCUGGGCACGGGCGCCGCCGCGCCUCCGGCCUUUCUGCGCCCUGCCGCUCGAGACCGGCACUUUUUUAAAAUAGAUAAAUGGGUGUUAUUUUUAUUUACCUUUUUGUACAGUGAUUCUCAGUCUUCUGUUGGAGGUCCAGGGCGAGCCUGUGCCGCACUUGAGUAAACACUGGGUAUCGCGCUCUGCUCGACCCGCUCGCCGCUCCGGCGGCUGUGCACUGAGGACCCUGCACGUCGCGCGUUGCUGUAACAAUGCUAAUAAAACGUGUCUUUCUUUCUUGGUCUGGA